AUGAUCACACGUGAUGCCACAUACAUGUUUCCGUUAUUUGUCCACUCUUUGUUCGUCUCGGUUCGUGUAAUACCGUACAAAUUACCUUUUUUUUUUCAAAAAACAACAACAACAAAAUUUUUCCUCCUCAGAGAUUGUGUUUCCGCCUGGUCUUCGGGCACCGGGGCUGCCGGACUUGUCGGAGCCUUGGUUUACGCGUCCCUGACCUCAGCCACCAGUCCGGAAACUACUCUGCUCAUCUUAACCGUGGUACCUGUUGCUAUGACUCUGAAAUGUUCACGCGCGCUUGUUUACGGCGCUCCCAAGUUACGUAACUUGGUCCGUAGUUUACGUGCAUUGUGA